AUGCUGCCGUCCCUUUGCGAAGCUGCGAUUCAAGUUCCACCUCUCUUGCCCAAACUUAGAAAUGAGAGGCGCAACCUUAAUCCGUGCCGCGUUAGCACCAAACAGCGCCGCCCCAGGAUGAAUCGCUCCCGGUCGACCAUCGUCUGGUGGGCACCCCCAAGGCCAGCGUCGAGCUUCGAGAAAAAAGAACGUCUGCUCGCUCCCGGGGAAGUCCAGCGUGCAUUCCGCGCCCUUGUUGGCACCCAUGACCAGCCGCCUUUCCACGCAACACUAGCAACCAUCAUGCUUCCGGAAUCACGGUUAAACAUCAGCCUCAAAGCCCCAAGCCCGUGGUCGUGA